AGUACAUUCACUACAUACAGAGUACACCACUACUACGACAUACACAGACUACACACAGACUAGAUACACUACAGAAUGAUCAGCUCCGGAUUCACGAACGCACCGAUAUCGAAAUACCUACUCAUCUACACGAUCGCCUCGUCGGUCGCCCUCGCCAUCCUCGACGUCAAACACCUUGCCCAUGUCCAGGUCUCGCCGCACCUCUGGCAAUACGGCCAGUUCUGGCGCACCCUGAUCUGGCAGGGCGCCGGAUUUGCCAACUCGACCGAGACGCUCUUUGCAGCCAUGCUGAUCUAUCAUUUACGGAUUAUCGAGCGGGCGUGGGGGGGAAGGAAGAUGAUAUCCUUCCUUCUACAGGUGUUCCCGUAUACGACCCUUCUCCCCCCCCUCCUCCUCGCAAUGGUGGUUCGUCCCCUCUCGCUCAACACGUUGAAUUAUCUUCCCUCUGGUCCGACGGCGAUCGUCUUCGCCCUGUUGGCGCAGUAUUAUGCGAGUAUCCCGCAUACAUACCGGUAUAGAAUAUCUACCAAGGCCGACGCUCCAGAUGCACACGCCCCGGAAGGAACUUCUUCAACGUCAUCGAAAUACCUCACCCUCCUCCUCUCUGAUAAAUCGACAACAUACCUUGUUGCCGCGCAGCUGGCCCUCUCGCAGUUCCCGGCUGGCUUGCUCCCCGCUGUAACCGGGUGGGUUGUCGGCCUCGCCUGGCGCGCGGAUCUCAUACCCUGUACAUCGUGGCGGGUUCCGGCUUGGAUGGUGGGGGAGAAGGUGCGCACGGGGAAUACUUCUGGUAGUGGAGGAAGCACGGGAAAUACUGAGCGCUAUAGAGAUCUGAGGAGACGGUUGGAGGGGGAGACCGCCGCUGCGAGUACGGGGGUGGAUGUAGGCAGUAGACCUUGAAGUAAAAAAAAAAAAAAAAAAAAAAAAGAAAAAAAAGAAAAGAAAAGAA